AUGGCCUCAAAAGAAGUUAGAGCCCCAGGCAGUAAGCCCGGAGAGAACAUGUUGUGGGGAGGACGCUUUACGGGGUUGAGCGGUCUUGACCCUCUCAUGGUCUCAUAUAACGAAUCAAUCUAUUAUGACCGGGCCUUACAUACGCAAGAUAUCCUGGCAAUUGAGUCAGGCCUCAAGAAGGUCGAGGAAGAAUGGGCUGCCGGAACAUUCAAGAUCGUUCCCGGAGUCGAUGAGGAUAUUCACACUGCGAAUGAGCGCCGAUUGGGUGAGAUCAUUGGCAAGGAUAUUGCUGGAAAGCUACACACUGGCCGCAGCAGAAACGAGCAAAUUGCUACUGAUAUGCGAUUAUGGUUGAGGGACGAGCUAAGGAAAAUCGAAGGUUUCUUGAUUAACUUCUUAAAGGUCAUUACUGCCAGAGCAGAACAGGAGAUUGAUUAUAUCAUGCCUGGAUACACCCAUUUGCAACGCGCACAACCCAUUAGGUGGAGCCAUUGGUUGCUGUCAGAUGGUAUGGCAUUUCAGUCUGAUCUCGACAGACUGAGGGAAGUCAUUGCUCGUGUAAAUUUGAGCCCAUUGGGCUGCGGCGCUCUUGCCGGAAACCCUUUCAACAUUGACAGGGAGCAGAUGGCUAAGGAGCUUGGAUUUGAGGGACUAUUGAUGAAUUCCAUGGCAGCGGUGAGCUCAAGAGACUUCGUCCUUGAGGCUAUGCAAUGGGGGUCGAUGAUGAUGACACAUAUGUCGAGAUGGGCGGAGGAUCUUAUUAUCUACAGUACCCAAGAGUUUUCAUUUGGGCUGCCGUCGACAUAUAACAAAGAUCUUCAAGAAAGCUUGGAGCCCAUGCUUGACCACGUAAAAACUUGCUCUGACAGUAUCCAAAUUGCUACUGGUGUCUUCAGCACGCUUACAACGAACUCAGACAGGAUGAAGGCUGCGCUUGAUCCGUUUAUGCUGGCUACCGACCUGGCUGAUUACCUCGUCAGAAAAGGAGUUGACUUCCGAUCCACUCAUCAUAUCUCGGGACAAUGCGUUGCCUACUCGGAAAGAACGGGAACGGCAAUGAACAAGAUGAGCGUCUCAGAAUUCAAGAAGAUCGACGCGCGCUUUGAGGAGGAUAUAGUUGAAUGCUUUGACUACGAGAAGUCGGUGGAGAUGAGAUCAGCUCCAGGUGGUACAGCUAGGAAAUGCAUUCUCGAGCAGGUUGCGGUGUUGAAGAAGGCGUUAGCGUAA